AUGGCGUCGGCGCGAUCGCGGCGCAUGUCAUCCCACGUUCCUCAUUCCGCCGUAGCCCCACUCGGCCUAACCCUGCUGACCCCGUCAGCCCUGCUCCCGCUCCUCCUGCUGGUCGCCAUCGUCGAAUCGCCGUGGCUUUCCGCCUCUGCGGCGGGUCAACUCCCCGAUGAGAGCACAUCGUUCGGCGUGAGCACCGACCUCGGUGUAGCACCGGACAUCGGCAGUGGUGGUUCCCCGCUAUCCGUAAAAACGGCGUCUGCCACCGACGGCUCUGAUCGCACGAUCAAUCUCAUGGCGAUGACGACAACGGCCGGCACGGGGAAAUCUUCCGGGACCGGAAAAUCAACCAGCGCUGGGACGGGUGUCGGCACAGGCAAGGGCGCGGGGACGGGUGCGGGGACCGGCGGGGAGCAAAGGAACGGGAACCGGAGAUCGGAAGGUGCCGGAAAUUGGGUCCGGCGCGGGGAAAGUACUGGGGCAGGUGCGGGGAAAGGUACGGGAACGGGUGCGGGGAAGGGUACGGGAACGGGUGCGGGGAAGGGUACGGGAACGGGUACGGGGAAGGGUACGGGAACGGGCGCGGGGAAGGGUACGGGAACGGGCGCGGGGAAGGGUACGGGAACGGGCGCGGGGAAGGGUACGGGAACGGGCGCGGGGAAGGGUACGGGAACGGGCGCGGGGAAGGGUACGGGAACAGACGCGGGGAAGGGUACAGGGACAGGAGCGGGGAAAGGUACGGGGACAGGAGGGGGAAAAGGAACGGGUACUGGUGCGGGGAAGGGUACGGGGACGGGCACUGGGAAAGGUACGGGGACAGGCGCGGGGACAGGAACAGGCACGGGGAAAGGUACGGGGACAGGCGCGGGGACAGGAACAGGUACGGGGAAAGGUACGGGGACAGGUGCAGGGAAAGGGGGGAGCGGAGGGGGAAGUGGGACGGGGAGCGGAGGAAAACUGGUGGGGGAACGGGAGUGGGACGGGGAGUGGGACGGGGAGUGGGACGGGAAGCGGGACGGGGAGUCAGACCGGCAGCGGAGGGCAAGCGAGCGGUGGAGGGGGGAGCCAGAAUGGAGGGGGAAGCGGGCUCCGGAGGCGGAGCGUCAGGCGGAGGGUCAGGCGGAGGGUCAGGCGGAGGGUCAGGCGGAGGGUCAGGCGGAGGGUCAGGUGGAGGGUCAGGCGGAGGGUCAGGCGGAGGGUCAGGCGGAGGGUCAAGCGGAGGUUCAGGCGGAGCGCCGGGCGGAGCGCCGGGUCCUAUCCUGA